GGUGACAUCAUCGCUUUCAACACUUGAAAGAGGUCUUUUGCAGCCGAUUUGCCCAAUGCAAUGUAUCUUUUGAUUUCUUGACUGCUGCUCCCAUGGGUGUUGAUUGUGGAUCCAAGUAAAAUGAAAUCCUUGACAACCUCAAUCUUUUCUCCAUUUAUCGUGAUGUGGCUUAUUGGUCCAGUUGUGAGGAUUUUUGUUUUCUUUAUGUUGAGCUGUAAUCCAUACUGAAGGUUGUGGUCUUCGAUCUUCAUUAGUAAGUGCUUCAAGUCCUCUUCACUUUCAGCAAGCAACAUUGUGUCAUAUGCAUAAUGCAGGUUGUUAAUGAGUCUUCCUCCAAUCCUGAUUUCCCGUUUUUCUUUGUAUAGUCCAGCUUCUCGAAUUAUUUGCUCAGUAUACAGAUUGAAUAGAUACGGUGAAAGGAUACAACCCUGAUGCACACCUUUCCUGACUUUAACCACUCAGUAUCCCCUUGUUCUGUCCGAACAACUGCCUCUUGAUCUAUGUACAGGUUCCUCAUGAGCACAAUUAAAUGUUCUGAAUUUCCCGUUCUUCUCAGUGUUAUCCAUAAUUUGUUAUCAUCCACACAGUCGAGUGCCUUUGCAUAGUCAAUAAAACACAGGUAAACAUCUUUCUGGUAGUCUCUGCUUUCAGCCAGGAUCCAUCUGACAUGAGCAGUGAUAUCCCUGGUUCCACGUCCUCUUCUAAAUCUGACUUGAAUUCCUGGCAGUUCUCUGCUGCAGCCACGUUUGGAUGAUCAGCAGAAUUUUGCUUGCAAGUGAUAUUAAUGAUAUUGUUUGAUAAUUUUUGAAUCCGGUUGGAUCACCUUUCUUGGGAAAAGGCAUAAAUAUGGAUCUCUUCCAGUCGGUUGGCCAUGUAGCUGUCUUCCAAGUUUCUUGGCAUGGACAAGUGAGCACUUCCAGUGCUGCAUCCAUUUGUUGAAACAUCUCAGUUGGCACUCUGUCAAUUCCCAGAAACUUGUUUUUUGCCGAUGCCUUCAGUGAAGCUUGGACUUCUUCCUUCAGUACCAUGGGUUCCUGAUCAUAUAUUACCUCCUGAAAUGGUUGAACGUCAACCAGUUCUUUUUGGUGUAGUGACUCUGUAUUCCCUCCAUUGUCUUUUGAUACUUCCUGUGUCAGUUAAUAUUUUCCCUGUAGAAUCUUUCAGUAUUGCAUCUUUAGGUUAACUGAUUUGGGACCUUAAUUACAUCUGCAAAACCUCUUCACAGUAACACCUAAAUUAGUGUUUGAUUGACUAACUGGGAGAAUGUGUGUGUAUACCAGGGGCCAGGAAUCUUAGGGGCCAAUUUGGAAUUCUGCCUACCACACCCUCCACCUGCAUCCCUUCCUAAAAGGAAGCAGAAGGAACUCAUGUCUUUUGGCUUAAGAAAAGCAGUCACACUGAAACAUCCAGUGCCAAAGGGUGGGGGCAUGCCUGGCAUCCAUUUAACCCUUUGUACCAUGAAACACAACCAAGUGGGUCAACAGUCUUGACAUGAGCAAUGAAACAAUAGAAGGUAUUGAGAAAAUCUAGGAAUUCAUGUGUACAAUAUAGGGGUCUGAAGAUUUUCCUACCAAUGACCUGAACCUAAUAUUUUUGACCCCAAAGUCUGUGGUCUUGACCCCUAGGCUGCAUGGCCCACCCAGAUUCAUUAAGUGCCUGCAUAAAUGGAUUUUGAGUCCUCUACUUUACCUUGCCAUUUAUUCUUGAUACCAAUAUGUCCAGAGCAUGCCUCUGAGAAAGAUUCACCUGGGGUAUUCAGUAGAGCACAACGACCAGAACCUAAGUAGAUGAGCUACUAAGGGGAACGAUAUCGAUGAGCAUUAUUCUAAAAGAGUCCUUUGUCUCUUCCUCCCACCCCUGUCUCUGCCAUCCCUUCCCCCAUCUCUCUCCUACCUGCUGCUGUGAUUCAGGCGCAUUUUACGGGACUUGCUUGAGACCGAAGAAAUGUACAUAAAAGAAAUAAAGAGCAUAAUUGAUGGGUAUAUCAUGCCAAUGGAUUUUAUUUGGCUGAAGCAUCUGAUUCCAGAUGUUCUUCAGAAUAACAAGGACUUCCUCUUUGGGAAUAUUAGAGAACUUUAUGAAUUUCACAACAGGACCUUUCUAAAAGAAUUGCAAAAGUGCACCUACAGUCCCGAACUUCUGGCACGUUGCUUUCUCAAAAGAAAAGAAGAUCUUCAAAUAUAUUUUAAAUACCACAAGAACCUGCCCCGAGCGAGGGCUGUCUGGCAAGAAUGUCAAGACUGCGCCUACUUUGGGGUAUGUCAGCGCCAGUUGGAUCACCAUCUCCCUCUUUUUAAGUAUCUUAGAGGACCAAGCCAGAGGCUUAUGAAAUACCAGAUGCUGUUGAAGAGUCUGCUGGAUCUCGAGUUUCCCGAGGAUUUGGAGACAGACCCAGGCGAAUUAGAGGGAGGUUCAGCCAAGAAUGGGCCAAGGAGGACCAGGGGUUCGACGUUCUCAGCAGAGCUACAACAAGCUUUGGCCAUGAUGGGGGAUUUGAUCAAGUCUUGUGAGCUGGCCGUGGACCUGGCAGCUGUCGCUGGAUGUCCGGACGACAUAGGUAAACUGGGCAAGCUGUUGAUGCACAGUGCUUUCAACGUCUGGACGGCUCACAAGGAUCGUUAUAAGAUGAAGGAUUUUAUGCGAUUCAAGCCCAGCCAGAGGCAAAUCUACCUAUUUGAAAGGGCAAUAGUGUUCUGUAAGAUACAAGGGGAACCCAGUGACCAGGGGUUAUUGCCUCAUUACAGCUUUAAGAAGUCUAUGAAGUUGAUGACACUUUCAAUUUGCCACGUUGGAAGGGGGAACAACAAAAAGUUUGAAAUUGCCAGUCGAAACGGACCUGAGAAAUACAUCUUGCAGGCAGCUUCAAAAGAAAUCAGAGACUGCUGGUUUUCAGAAAUAAGUAAAUUACUGAUGGAACAACAAAACAAUGUUAAAGGUGUUUGUGAAGAGGAGGACAACGGCAGUCACCUGGCCCCCAAACGCUGCUCCAGCAGGAAGCCUGUCUCCAUGGAAACCUUUGAAGAGUGUGAAGGUGCAGAAGGCCUGGAAAAGGAGAGCAGCACUCUGAGUCUCUCGGGACUUUUCCAGUUGGAUGACAGUUAUGAAAUCUGUUCCUCCAAAUCUGUUCUGGAGAAGGGAGAAGGCAUCCAGAGAGAAAAAGAAGAGCCCGGGGAGGAAGCAACGGCAGCAGACAGAGCUGAGGAGAGCAUUGGGAUGUCCGCUGGCCCACUCACCCCAAGGACACCUGAGGAUACCUUCCCCGAGAAGUGACACUCGAUUCACACCACUUUCCUGGUUGUCACCCAUGGGGGGAGGCUGGCUCAGCUGAGCCACCCCACAGUGGUCUUCCCUGGGGGAAAGGCCACAGUGGGUGCCAAACCUGCCACCCACACUUAAGCAGCAAAGGGCCCUGUGCCUGCGGAUCUGCCACCCUGGGAGUGGCACCCAAGGACGCCAACGAGGAGGCUGAGGAGCCUGGGUAUAGCACCCACCUCUGCCGGCUAAGCCCACCCCUCACAGCCCUGCACACCUGCGGAGGCCGGUGGAGCCCAGCCUGGAGCACUCGGCCCGGGCUUCUCAGUGCUGCUGGCAUGAUUAUUUCAUGAUUCAGCAUUUGGGGCUGGCUGAUUCUUUGUUGUGGGGCUGUCAUGUGCAUUGCAGGAUGUUUAGCAGCAUCCCUGACCUCCACCCUCCAGAUGCCAGGAGCACAAGCUCCAGGUUGUGACCACCAGGAAGUUUUCAGACAUUGCCCAGUUUCUCCCAGGGGCAGAAUUGGCUGAGAACCACCUAGCCCAAGCCUUGAAGGAGCCAGAGCCCACUCAGCCCCACAGGGGUGGCAGACUGAGGGCUCUGUGCUGUGCUGGCAUGGUGUAGGAGUUACCUCGCCAAUAUUGCUUCGCUUCAAAGACAGUGGGCUUCCACGUUAACUUCUGAAAUAUUUGCCUUUGCCUUUAGAUUUAUUAUGUUUUUUAAUGUCUUAGAGUUAUUUCGGAGGGGACCCUGAUGGUGCAGUGGUUAAGCAUUUGGCUGCCAACCAAAAGGUCAGCAGUUCGAAUCCACCAAUCCAAUCACUUGGAAACCCUGUGGGGCAGUUCAGCAAUUCCUAUAGGGUCACUAUGAGCUAGAAUCAACUCGAUGGCAACAAGUUUUAGAGUUUUUUCAGUUAUUUACUGUUUUAUUUUUAGUUUCAUUAGUUAAUUUUAAAUUAGUUGGCAUUUUUUUAGUUCAUUUCCUAGCUGUUUUAUUUUAGAGCUUUAAAGUUCCUGCUUUCUGUUAUUUUAUUUUUAAGGUUUUUCCUUCUGGAGUUAUUCAUAUUAAGUUCAUAUUCAGUUGUUCUGUUUUAAGAAUUAUAUGUUUUCAAAUUAAUUAGCUUUAGAAUUAUUUUUCAUUAUUUUUACAAUUAUAAAUAACAGUAUUUUCAGAGGUAUUCUAUUUUUAGUUACUGGAGCUUUUGAGUUAUUUGUUUUUACAGUUACCUAUUUGACUAUUGGAAACCUUGCUAGCCUAGUAGUUAAAAGUUUGGCCGCUAACCAAAAGGUUAGCAGUUCAGUGCUCCUUGGAAACCCUGUGGGGCAGUUCUACUCUGUCCUAUAGGGUCGCGAUGAGCCAGAAUUGGCACUAUGGCAACGGGUUUGAUUUGGCUUUUUUUAUUUGGCUAUUAAAAACUGUCUGGAAUUCUUUGUAUUAUUUAAUUUUAGAGUUAUUUUCCGAGUGAAAUGUUUUUAGUUAUUUUUAGGAGUUUUUUUUUUGUUGUUGUUAUUUUGUUUUAGAAUUAAUGUUAGACUUAUUUAUGUUCAUGGCUAUUUAUUUUCAGUUAUUUUAGAUUCUGAGUUAUUUAUUUUUACAUUCAUUUAUUAUUUGUUUUUAUUUAGUUUUUAAUUAUUUCAGAGUUAUUUCCUUUUUUAGCUUUAUAUUUAUGAACCUUAUUUUCAGAGGUUUUGAGAUAUCUGUGAGUUAUUUGCAGAGUUACUUAUUCUCGGGUAAUUCUUUCCAGUUAUAUCUUUGCCAUUUAAAUUUUUUCAGUUCUGUAUUUUUACUUAUUUCGUUUUCAGAUUUAUUUAUUUUCAGAAUUAGUUAGUAUUAGAGUUACUUAGUAUAUCAGUCAGGGUCUAGUCAAGAGAAAGAUGUCAUACCAGUAAUUUUAACAGAGAGAAUUUAAUGUAAAGAAUUACCAUCUAGCUAUCAGAGAAUUAAAAAGGAAAAGGGGGGAGAGGAAUAAUGAGGGAUUUUGGAGUUUUUUAUGGUGAUUUUAACUGCGAGAAGGGGCUACCACCCCAAGGACUGAGGGGACAAAGGGAAGAGGUUGGAGAAAUCAAGACCCAGAAGCUUGGAGGUGGCCCCAUAGGGCUGGGCCUCGCCCUCUGAGGAGGGGCGCUGUCUGACUUGGUACAGGAGCCUCAGGACUCAGCAGAGAGACUCCCAGAGCUAGAUGCAGAACUCUGAGGAGGGGGCGCUCCAGCUGAUGCCUCUGAAAGGGUGCCACAAGGCUGGUUUUGGAAGUGUUGGGAAAACAGCAGGCUGCGGCUUCUGGAACCAGCUCUCACUGUCAGGGGACUACUGACAGAACGGCCUUUCCUAUAGUCUGUCCUGGUGCCAGAGCCUGACACGGAGCAGCUGGCAAAGGAGGCAAUUGGGGUACAGACCUCCAGGCCCCCAGCCCCCGUACCACAAGGCAAAGAACAGAAGGAUGGUCUGAAGCUGAGCAACAAUGGCUUAAUAACCAGCAGACUUAGCUUUGGAGUUUUUCAGUUGUAGAAUUCGUUCUAGAGCUGGUUUUGCAUUUAAUUAGUUCUGGAAUUGCUAGGGCUUGAUUUGAUUUCAACUUUUCAGGGGACACAGGAUCUAACUCCCCUGAAUUUGGUCAGCAAAUAACACCUGAAAUGUUAUUUCAAGUGAUUGAGAAAAUCACUUUAGAAUGCAAGAAAACAGAAGUCUUGGACCUCACUCUGUUCAAGAAGAUGCCUUCGACUGAGGCAGAGACUCAGGGAGGGGCGACUGUGCAUAACUGUCCAGUAAAGUGAUGUUCUUUGAAAUUUCUCAGAAAGUUAAGCUAUGUUGUGGGGUACCCUCUCCCACCCCCUUUCCUAAUAACAAAGUAUCUUUGCUGAUAGAGUGUUUCACAUUUGUAACCAACAAUAGUUACGCUUUGUACAAUAAAAUA